UCUCUUCUGUGUGGCUGUUCAGGACUUCUGCAUCAGAAACAACUUAUUCAACGAACAAAAGGAUCCAAACGCCACUUCUAAGGCAUCAGUUUUCAACAAAGGAUGGGAUCCGCAGGAGUUCAGAUUGUCUGCGUGGCUCUGGGAGUGGUGGGACUGAUCGGGACCAUCGUGUGCUGCACCGUCCCUCUCUGGAAAGUCUCGUCCUUCGUAGGCUCCAACAUUCUGACUGCUCAGAACCAAGAGGAGGGUCUAUGGAUGGAGUGUGUGGUGCAGAGCACUGGGCAGCAGCAGUGCAAGAACUACGACUCGCUGCUGGAUCUGUCCUCUGACCUGCAGGCCGCUCGAGCCAUGACCAUCAUCAGCAUCAUGCUUUGCAGCAUCAGCCUCCUCGUCGUGUUCUGCGGUGCCGACUUCACCACAUGUGUGCAGAAUGAAGGCGCUAAGUCCAAAUUGAGCCUGGCGGCAGGCGUGGGCCUGCUGCUGGCCGGGCUCCUGGUGAUCAUCCCGGUCAGCUGGUCUGCAAAUAUCACAGUGAGAAACUUCAACGACCCGUUGGUCGCAUCUUCCAGGAAAAGAGAGAUGGGAGCAUGCAUCUAUGUAGGCUGGGCCUCUGGGGUGCUGCUGCUCCUGGCUGGAGGUCUGCUCUGCUGCUUCAGCAGGCCCAAAUCCAGCAGCUCUGCAGGAACCACCAAGUACUACAGCAACAGCGCUUCAGCUCCAGCUCCCAACAAAAACUACGUGUAGAAGCUUCCUGAAAGAGACUGGUGUUUGAUAGAACGUCGAUCAAAGUAAAAAUGACACCAGGGAUUGUUUCCAAAGUCACCAUGUAAAUGCCCAGAUCAUUGUUUUCAUGUUUAACGGUCGGGGUCUGGGGCAGGCAAAAGCAAAGUCUGAACGUUUGAAUUAUUCACAUUCAGCCACGUGUUUAACGUGAGCUAUUCCUUCUUCACCAGCUGUAAAACAGUUGGAUUCUCUUUAUGUUGUAAAUGUUUCACCUCAAAAUUCACUCUAAAAAGGGCGGAAUACGUAAAAAAAAAAAACACAGGAGAUGUGAAAAGUGGAUUUAUAAAUAACAAGGUAAACCCUAAAAUCAACAUUUAAAGUUUAAAAAGUCAAGCUUACGUGUAUUAAUGAACAUUAUCUUAUAAUUAUUUUGCAUUUGUAAUAAUUUCUCAGUUCAUCUUUUGCUUGAUUUUUUUCUUAGAAACAUCUAAGCUUCUCAGGAAAUGUCUGCUGCAAGUCACAUCACUUUGUUCUUUUUUAUGUUGUGUGGUGAUCAGCACAAAUGAAUAAACAUGUGGGGGUCUGACA